UUUCACAGACGAGUUUCUGAUUUGAUUAGUUUCAAGCUUGUUGUCGAGGAGUGCGCAUCGCAGUGCCAGCAGUGAGCGCAGUCUCGUACAUCGCACGCUGAAGUGAAGUUAAAGUUUGUGGCGCUCGCAGUUUGAGUUUGAAUUUUCGAAAAGACGUUCGAGUCUUCCCAGCAAAAUUUCUUUUUGGUGUUAUAAAUGUGCUACUUUUUAAAAUUAGUGUUGAACUUUUUGUUCGUGGACUUAAUUGCCAGUAAACUCGAAGAAUAAUAUUGACAAAUUGAUAUGCAAUAAAUGGAUUCCGAUUACCACUGGCUCAUAACAAUUGGGCUUGUAACCUCCUCCGUCAUUGCCGUUACAGCGAACUUCUUUCUUCUUUUCAUAUUUUGCCGUAGAAGGGGCCUCCGGACUGUUCCUAAUAGGUUCAUUAUCAACUUAUUAGUAACUAACCUGCUGUCCAGCAUUCUGCUCAUUCCUUUGCUGCUGGUGGACCAAGAGACAUAUUCGUCAAUCCAGCCGCAAAAUGUCAACAAAACCUACAGGGAAUUUGACAAAGUCAUCAUUACGGAGGAGUUCAAGAGUGAUCCGACUUCAGACACGAUUGAGCUCGUCAGUGCGACUGAUAUUGUUUCCGAGAAAGUGCUACCGAUGGACAACAGUGGAACCAACGCGUUGUGCUACUUCGCGCAGAGUACCACGAGUUUCAUCUGCACUGCUUCUAUCUUCAGUAUUCUCCUCAUCGGCAUCAACCAGUACUUCGGUGUCAUACACUCAUUGAGGUAUCACUUCUACAUCAAUAGAUGCCGGUCCAGUAUCUUCAUCGGCAUCAGUUGGUUUGUGGCUCUAUUUUGUGCCAUUUUGAGCUCUCUAACGUACAGUGAUAGCAGUGUGUGGCACUUUUGCAAAAACAGACCUCAGCCUAGUGACAGUGUGCGAAUUUUGAACACUUUCUACGCUUUUACUUAUUUUUUUCUUGUGAUAUUAGCCCCUUUUGUCGCCAUAUGUAUAAUUUACGUGUGCAUUUACACAGCUGCACACCAGAACAGUGAACGGAUGCGAAGAUCUGCUUCUGCUCCUCUAAAUCCGCAGAUCGACUGCACUAUUCCAGUUCAAGUGAAAGAAUCUAGUCAAGAUAGACUUAAAGAACUAUUGCCAAAAGUGCACUCAGCUCCAAACUUUUCCACGUUAGAUAACGAAAAAGGUUUCAUUGUGGAGGAAGUGAAGGACAAGAAAGUCAGUAGGACGCCCAGUGAUCGUAGUUCUAGUAGCUUCAUCAGUAAUUUAAAACAUAAGAUUUCAAACGCUUCUGUGUUUAGAUAUAGAGAAGAAACUAGAGCUGCCAAAAUAAGUAUCAUUGUAAUAUUUCUCGUCUUAGUAUGUUAUGUUCCUUAUGGUAUAACUCUUGUUCUGUGUUCCAAAUGUAUAGAGGUCAAUACCAAUCAGAUAUUUAACUAUUUAUCUUUGAUCCUUCUAGUAUUUUCUAAUAUCAUUUCUCCCUUUUUGUUCGGUUACAGAAAUAAACGAGUAAAAAGGGAGAUUUGUAAGAUGUUUAAUCUCUCAAAGCAAAAUCAAAAUUUAGAUAUAGUAGAUAGACCUAGAAGACAGUCAACUGUUAAGAACUACAGUUUCGAGUAUAUUCCAGAGACUCUAGAAAAUGACAAAAAUGAUAAUAUUAGUUCAGAAAACAACCGUGUGAUACCAGAAGUAGUCGUAACUUGUAAACCCGAGAAUGAACGCAAAAGCAUUCUUAAAAGAGUAUGUAAUACUUCCAAUUGGCCCAGUUACAAGAAGUGUAAUUUUAUCACUGUGCCGGACAGUUGUAUAAGCGGAGAGGCUCGAGGUUCAUUUUCUAGUGCUAGCACACAAAUGUCUACGGAAGAAUAAUGUUUUCUCGAUUAGAAUAGAAUGACUUCUUACCGCACAAAAAACUUUAUAACAGAGUAACAGUAUAAAAACAGACUCAUUUGCAUAAAUGUCAAUGACAACAAAUUAACUUCAUUUUUAUUAUUAGAAAAGUCAUUACCAAGUAACGGUCACAGAGAUAUUUUUAGAUAUUUACAGAAGUAUUUCUCUUCUAUUUUCUAAACGAAUAAUUACCAUUAUUAAACUUUGCAUUUCGAUUCCUGAGUGUCAUUAGAGUACAUUGAAAUUAACAUAAAAAUUUGUUUUAAAUAUUGGGGAUUCUCUUGAAGCCGAGAUCCGAUGGAGUGUGGCGUGGCAAUUUUCACCCGUUUACGUCCGCAAAAAGAAGUAGAUAAUAGUGAAAAGAAAAAAGAACACAGUUGACGCCCCGCGUUUCUUUUAAAUUAAUAAAUAUUUCCUUUUUGAUAAAUUCCAUGGAACUUAUCCACUCGAGUAUCGAGGCUACACCACCAGUGUUGGCGGUAGAAACUUUAGUAAGUUGGUUAAUUCAUUCCAUGAUAAAAAUUCCAACAUAACGUCGAAGUAAAAUUGCCACGGCUCUGACCGUACCGGUCCCUAACCGAGUUAGAAGGGUCUGUAUCAGCUUCUGACUUCCUUUGGGCCGUCUUCAUUGACCGACAAACGAUGGGAUACUUCGCGCCGAUUCAGGCCGGCCAUAAGAGGGUUCGGUCCUAGUUCAAGGAUAAAUUUUAAGGGAAAUAAAACGCUAUUUCACGUUGUGUUGAUUCCCGCCUUUUAUCUUUUUAUGUUACAAAUAUUUUCUAUUUCUCUAGAUGAAUAGUUUUCUGAUAGGAUUGAAUUACGUUUGCAUUCAUAUUAUACAAUGACUGUGCGUUGAUUUCAUAUCCAGAUUGAUGACAAACAAUAUCAAAUCCCAUGUGUACAUACUUACAAUGUAAUUAAAGAGUGUCACAUAAAACUGUAAUAUCAUCUUCAUUUCUACGAAAACAUUAAUUACAAUCAAUGUUUAAAACAGACAUAAUCGAAAUAAUUCUAAUUAUCUAAAAAAUAUAUCAUUGCAGUAAUUGUUAGCAGAAUAAUUUAUGUAAUCAGAAUACUCCGUUUGUAUUUUCAAGAUUUUAGGAUCAACAGACUUUCAAAAGAAUUAAAAAUUUAAUUUUUAAAAUAAUAAAAGUUUUGCAUGUAAACCAAGCAAACAUAAAGAUACAUAAAGCUUUAAAUAAUAAUUUUUUUCUACAAACGUUAAGAAUGCAAUUUUUAGCACUCCAUAGGAGCCUUAAGGGGCUAUUCUAGUGUAAAAGUAUGAAAUUCAUAUACUUUUUUGGGAAUUUCUAGAAUAUAAAGUACUGUCCCAAUUGUUUUGAAAAUUUGCAAGAACAUUUAUCAUAAAAAGAUGUACAUGUAAAACAAUUGACAUAAAAAAAUAUUCAAAAUUAAACGAUUUAUGUGUCAUCUACUGGCAAAUAAAAAUUGAAAAUGAAAACUGGCAAAUGAAAAUAAAAACAUGUUCCCACUGCUGCAGUGAUUGGGACUAAUAGAGAUUCUAAAACAUAAAAAAUAAAAUAAACAUAAAAUUUCAAAGUUAUUAUUGAAAUAUAAGCUAUUUUCUGUAUCAUCAACUAGGGGUUUUUAAUCGGUUCAAAAAAGUAAAUUUGGCGGUUUUUAAAACUGAAAAUGUUUUAGCUAAUUUAAAAAAAAAUUUCAACCUUUCGUCAUUUUUCCAAAUUUUAAUAUUUUUUAAAAAUCCUAGUUGAUGAUAUAGGAAGUAACUUAUACUUCAAUAAUCACUUUGAAAUUUUAUGUUUCAGGAUCUCUAUUAGUACCAAUCACUGCAGCAGUGGGAACAUGUUUUUAUUUUCACGGUGCCAGUUGAUGGCGCAUAGCAUAAAUCGUUUAAUUUUCAAUAUUUUUUUAUGAAAAUUGUUUUACAUGUGCUUCUUUUCAUAUUAAAUGCUCAAGCAAAUUUUUAAAAUAAUUGGCACAGUACUUUUUAUUUUAGUAAUUCCCAAAAUAAGUAUAUGAAUUUCGUACUUUUACACUAGGAUAGCCCCUUAAAAAUGUCACUGGGUUCUUUAAAAAAUUUAAGGCACUGCAGUUAAAAGAGAAAAUUUCAAAUUUUGAAAGCAAACUUGAAAUUUCAAAAUACUUAUGUUUAAUUUAUUAACAUUAAUAUUAAUAGUACAAUUUGCGCAAUUAAAGAAUUUGCGUUUGUAGAAAAAACGUGUUAAAAUGCAAUUUUUAGCACUCCACAUGAGCCUUAAAAAUGUCACUUUAAAGCACUGGGUGCUUUAAAAUUUUUAAGGCAAUGUCGUUAAAAGUAAAAUGUCAAAUUUUGAAAGCAAACGUCAAAAUAUUGAUAUUUCAUUUACAUAUUAACAUUAAUAUUAAUAAAAAAAACCAAUACAGAAGUAAAAACUUCGAGAUGUAUUCUGAUAUAAAAUCGUUUAUUUAAAAACUAUAAAAUGUCAUCGAUUGCAGAACGUUUUCGUUCCAAACAGAACAUCUUCAGUGCAUCCUGCCGAGUAUUUUGAAACUAGCACACCGUAAAUAGUGUUAACAUCAUCAUAUAUGGUUUACAUAAUGUAAUAUGUUAAAAUGUUAUGACUACAAGUCGAUGUUAAUGGAUAAAGUGGAACACAUGCUAAAAGGGUGCCAUGGUUCCCUGCUCGAAGAUACUAGGUACUUGCCAAUUCAAUGGGCACAGACAUUGAAUUGGCAAGUACCUAGUAUCUUCGAGCAGGGAACCAUGGCACCCUUUUAGCAUGUGUUCCACUUUAUCCAUUAACAUCGACUUGUAGUCAUAACAUUUUAACAUAUUACAUUAUGUAAACCAUAUAUGAUGAUGUUAACACUAUUUACGGUGUGCUAGUUUCAAAAUACUCGGCAGGAUGCACUGAAGAUGUUCUGUUUGGAACGAAAACGUUCUGCAAUCGAUGACAUUUUAUAGUUUUUAAAUAAACGAUUUUAUACCAGAAUACAUCUCGAAGUUUUUACUUCUGUAUUGGUUUUUUAAACUAUGGUAUACAGCCAACUAUUGGGAUUUUCCCAUUGAUUUUUUAUUAAUAUUAAUAGUACAAUUUGCUCAAUUAAAGAAUUUACGUUUGUAGAAAAAAUAUUGCAUGAUAUACGUGUUAAAAGUAUCUACAUUUUUAAGGCACUUAUGUGAAUUGCAGAAUUCGCUUCGCUCAUUCUGCAAACCUUCACAUGCGUGCCUUAAAAUUGUACUUUUAACACAUAUCAUAAAUAACUAUUCUGAAUAAAGUAACUAAUAUUUUUGAAAAUAGUAAAUAUUUCGAGUAAUGAUAUUUGAAUUUUCAACAAAAACGACCAUAGACAUAUUAUCUAUGAAAAUGACUAGUAAAUUAGAUAGAAGAGUCAAUUUACAUCGGUUAAAGGGGAGUAAAUAAGUUAUACAAAUAUAUAUAAACAUUUCAUUUUUGUAAUUAUAAAAGCAAUGUAUUUCUACUAACCUUUUUAACGUUAGUUGUUAAUAACUUCUUUUCAAACUAUGCUCAAAUUUUGAAACAUCGUAUUUAUUUUAUAUAUUUAAAUUUACUAUCAAAAUGACAUUUAUAUUUUAUUAGUUUGACUUUGAUGGUUAGGACAAACAAUAAUUUAUUGAAUUAUUAUUUUAAUAUAACAUAAUUUGUUAUAUUAAAUGUUAUAAAGUCUAAAUAAUAAAAUUCUUAUUUAGUCCUUUAUUAAAUUUUAAAAAUAUUAUUUUAAUAUAAUAUACGUAUAUAAUUUGUUUAAAAUAUAAAUAAUUAAUAAAUAAUAAAAUUAUCCCGAAGUUAUUUUGGCAAACAACGUUUUCUCUUUUAUAAAAUUACAUACUUUUCUUGUCUUUUUAAGGACAAUAUAAAAGAUUUUUUUAACCCACGGUGAAGGGUAUAUCCUCUCAAAUUUCUACAAAUUCCCAGCAUUAAUAUAAAUUUGAGAAGGUUUGUUGACACGUAUUUGAAUGUAUUUUUUGAUAUAAUGGGCAGCUAUUAACUCGAUGAGUCUUUUUUAAUAUAUUGGUAUUCUACGUUUUUGGUGUAGUAAGAAGUAAAAAUUGACUGACUACUAUUAAUAAAAUCAUUUUUGUCGACUUUUCUGAGAUUUGUUAAAAAAUUUACGAUGAGUCUUGUAUUUUUUAUUAAGUAACAGUUUUUUUGCAACUGUUGUAUUUUUGUUAGACUGAAAAUUUCCCAUUAAGUUAUUAUAAAUGAGUAUUUUAUAUUAAAAGACGUUAGUGAAAUCACAUUGAUUACUGAUUAGUUAAUAUGGUUACCUUUUUGACUAUAUUUUUUAAAGACAUUGUAUAUAUCUAUGUGGAUUUUAUUUAUUGAAUGUAUUGUAUAAGAUUUACAGCUUUAAUGACAAAAUAAAUGAUGUUUUUAAAUUA